AUGGCUUCCCAGUUUCACCAACUUCGGAUCCUAGUCUGGAAAAAUUGGCUAGGUGUCAAGAGGCAGCCGCUUUGGACUCUAGUCUUGAUUUUAUGGCCUGUCAUUAUCUUCAUCAUUUUGGCUAUUACCCGGACAAAAUUUCUUCCAACAGCAAAGCCAACAUGUUAUCUUGCACCUCGAAAUCUUCCUAGUACUGGUUUCUUCCCCUUCCUGCAAACUCUACUCUGUGACACAGACUCUAAAUGCAAAAAUACACCAUAUGGACCCCAAGAUCUGCUUCGGAGGAAAGGAAUGGACACCACACUAUUUAAAAACAGUGAAAUUCUGAGAAAGUCAUCCCACCUGAAGAAGGGCAGCGAUUUAUCACUCCAGAGAGCUAAAGUUCUUGAAAGCAGGCACGCAUCGGCAGCCUCAGCAAUUCCAAAUCCCGAUGUCGACGAUACUGGAACAGAUACUUUCAAUGCCAGUCAAGUGUUUGCACUCUUCCUUGAUUUAGAAAAGCUGUUAAAACAGAAUUCAACAUCUGAAGACGUGCGAAGAGAACUCUGUGAGAAACAUCCAACAUAUGUGGCUGACUAUUCCUUUUCUUGGACCACUCUGGGCAAAAAUGUUUUCAAUAUGUUCUGCCUUUCCAACAUGUCCCUUUUAGAGUCUUCUCUCCAAGAACUAAAAAAUCAGAUCUCUCAGAUAUCAAGGGAUCCCAACAAUCAGAAGAUAGUGUUUCAGGAACUGGUCAACGCUCUGUCCUUCUUCUCACAAGUGCAGAAGCAGACGGCUGUGUGGCAGCUUCUCUCCAGCUUUCCAAACGUGUUUCAGAACGCCACGACUCUCAAUGAUCUAUUCGAUGUUCUUCGAAAGGCAAGCAGUGCUCUGCUCAUCACGGAGAAGGUAUAUCCACGUGUCACAUCUAACAAAGGAUUCAGAGCCCUCCAGAAGUCUGUUAAACACCUGCUGAAGACGCUGGAUGCUGAAGAUGGUUCUCAGAAUACCACCCAGCCUUGGAGUGCAGAUGAUGGACAGACACUAUCUCCCAGCAGCCUGGCUGCACAGCUCCUAAUACUGGAAAACUUCGAAGAUGCUCUCCUAAAUGUGUCAGCAGAGAGUCCAUAUAUUCCUUACCUGGUAUGUGUGAGGAAUAUCACUGAUAAUUUGGCCAAAGGAUCACCAGAAAACCUCAGACUCCUUCAGUCUACAAUUCGGUUUAAGAAAUCUUUUCUUCAGAAUGGUUCCUAUGAGGAUUCCUUUCCUCCAGUGCCUGAAGUCAUGAAAUCCAAACUGUCUCAACUUCGGAAGUUGACUGAACUUCUUUGUGAACCUGAAACUGUGAGUUCAAUAGAAAAAAUAUGCCAGCUUUCUAAUUUGAGCUUUGGGGACUUGUGUGAAGAGAGUGCCCUUCAUGUACAAUUCCUCGAAGCAGCAGAGCUUGGUGCUGAAAUAGCAUCCGGGUUAUUGUAUCAUGAAAAUGUCAUAUCUGAAAAGCUGAGAGAUUUGCUUAUGGGAGAUCCAAGCAAAAUUGACUUAAAUAUAGAUGGGUUUCUGGAGCAGGCAUUGCAAAUGAAUUACUUGGAAAAUAUCACACGGUUAAUGCCGACCAUAGAAGCCAUGCUGCAUGUCAACAGCAGUGCAGACACUUCUGAAAAACCAGGUCAAUUAAUAGAAAUGUUUAAUAAUGUGGAGGAGCUGAAAGAAGAACUAAGGAGAACAACAGGCUGGUCCAACACAAGUGUCAACAAGAUGUUGGCCAUCCCCAUCCCAGAGAACAGAGCUGAGAUUAUUUCACGGGUAUUCUGGUUGCAUUCUUGUGAUGCUAAUAUCUCCAAUCCCAAAUUGGAAGAUGCAAUGAAGGAAUUCUGCAGCCUGCCUUUUCCAGAGAGAUCUCGCCAGUCUUACCUUAUUGGACUCACCCUUCUGCACUACUUAGAUAUCUACAACUUCACAUACAAGGUGUUUUUCCCUCGGCAAGAUCAAAAACCAAUGGAGAAGAUGAUAGAGCUCUUCUUCAGGCUGAAGGAAAUCCUCAAUCAGAUGACUUCGAGCUCAAGUUUGCUUCUGGACAAGAUGAAAUCCCUGAAGCAGAUGCAUCUGCCCAGAAGUGCUUCCUUUACUCAGGGGGUAUACCGAAGCAACCGAGUGAGCACACCCCAAGGAUCAUUCAGUACCAUUUCCCAAGCAUUAUGUUCCCAAGGAAUUACCACUGAAUAUUUAACUGCUAUGCUGCCCUCUUCCCAGAAGCCCAAAGGCAACCACACAAAGGAUUUUUUGACUUACAAAUUAACUAAAGAGGAAAUUGCUAAAAAAUAUGGACUUCCUUUAAAUGCCACCCCGUUUUGCUUCUCCCUUUAUAAAGACAUUAUCAAUAUGCCUGCUGGACCUGUGAUUUGGGCUUUCUUGAAACCUAUGUUGUUGGGAAAGAUCAUGUAUGCACCCAAAACUCCAGUCACAGAAGCAAUCAUGGAAAAGUCUAAUGUAACUCUGAGACAGCUGGCAGAAUUAAGAGAGAAAUCUCAAGAGUGGAUGAAUAAAUCGCCACUUUUCAUGAAUUCCUUCCACUUGCUAAACCAGACGAUUCCAAUGCUCCAGAAUACUCUAAGGAACCCAUUUGUGCAAGUUUUUGUAAAACUCUCCGUGGGACUCGAUGCUGUUGAAUUACUGAAGCGGAUAGAUGAGCUUGACUCCCUGAGGAUGACAUUAGAGAGUCACAUGGACAUCAUUGAUCAUCUUAACACACUAUCUACUCUGACGGUAAAUAUCUCUUCCUGUGUGUUGUAUGACCGUAUUCAGGCAGCAGACACUGUGGAAGACAUGGAGAGGCAGGCUCAAGAGCUCUACAAAAACAAUGAACUCUUUGGAAGUGUUAUUUUUAAGCUUCCUUCUAACAGAAGACAGCAGAGAGGUGAUACCUCUGAAAAUUUCUUUCUUCCACCUGUCAUCAAGUAUACCAUCCGCAUGAGUCUCAAGACGGCACAGACUACAAGAAGCAUAAGAACCAAGAUCUGGGCCCCGGGACCACACAAUUCUCCAUCCCACAACCAGAUCUAUGGCCGGGCCUUUGUCUACCUGCAGGACAGUAUUGAAAGAGCCAUAAUUGAAUUGCAGACAGGAAGGAACUCCCAGGAAGUAGCUGUUCAGAUUCAAGCAUUCCCUUAUCCUUGCUUCAUGAAAGACAACUUCCUAACCAGUGUCUCCUACUCUUUUCCAAUUGUGCUCAUGGUUGCCUGGAUAGUAUUUAUAGCUGCUUUUGUUAAAAAGCUCGUUUAUGAGAAAGACCUCCGACUUCAUGAGUACAUGAAGAUGAUGGGUGUCAACUCCUGCAGCCAUUUUUUUGCUUGGCUUAUAGAGAGUAUUGGAUUUUUGUUGGUUACCAUCAUCAUUCUCAUCGUCAUCCUCAAGUUUGGCAAUAUUCUUCCCCAAACAAAUGGGUUUAUUUUGUUCCUGUAUUUUUCGGACUAUAGCUUCUCAGUGAUUGCCAUGAGCUAUCUCAUCAGCGUCUUCUUCAACAACACCAACAUUGCUGCUCUCAUCGGAAGCCUCAUCUACAUCAUAGCCUUCUUUCCAUUUAUCGUUCUGAUUACCAUUGAGAAUGAACUAAGCUAUGUCGUCAAAGUAUUUGUGAGCUUACUCUCCCCAACGGCAUUCAGUUAUGCAAGUCAGUACAUCGCACGGUAUGAGGAACAGGGUGUUGGUCUUCAGUGGGACAAUAUGUACAGCUCCCCGGUUCAGGACGACACCACUUCAUUCGGCUGGUUGUGUUGCCUCAUCCUAGCUGACGCCUUCAUUUAUUUUCUUAUUGCGUGGUACGUCAGGAACGUUUUUCCAGGGACAUAUGGAAUGGCAGCCCCAUGGUAUUUUCCAAUUCUUCCAUCCUACUGGAAGGAGCGAUUUGGCUGUUCAGAGGUGAAGCAAGAAAAAACCAAUGGCCUUAUGUUUACUAAUAUUAUGAUGCAGAACACCAACCCAUCUGCCAACAAGACAAGUCCUGAUUAUAUGUUUCCCUCCAACAUUGAGCCGGAACCCAAAGAUCUCACAGUUGGGGUUGCCCUACACGGAGUCACGAAGAUCUAUGGCACAAAGAUUGCUGUUGAUAACCUCAACCUGAACUUCUAUGAAGGGCAUAUCACUUCCUUGCUGGGGCCCAAUGGAGCUGGGAAAACAACCACCAUUUCAAUGUUGACCGGCCUGUUUGAGGCCUCAGCAGGCACCAUCUUUGUCUAUGGGAAAGAUAUCAAAACAGACCUCAACACGGUCCGGAAGAACAUGGGCGUCUGCAUGCAGCACGACGUCUUGUUCAGUUACCUCACGACCAAGGAGCACCUACUGCUGUAUGGCGCCAUCAAGGUGCCUCACUGGACGAGAAAGCAGCUGCAUGAGGAAGUCAAAAGGACUUUAAAAGAUACUGGACUGUAUAGCCAUCGACAUAAGAGGGUUGGAACGUUGUCUGGAGGAAUGAAGAGGAAGUUGUCCAUAUCCAUAGCUCUCAUUGGUGGCUCAAGAGUGGUGAUUUUGGAUGAGCCGUCCACUGGAGUUGACCCAUGUUCUCGCCGAAGUAUAUGGGAUGUUAUAUCCAAGAACAAAACUGCCAGGACAAUCAUUCUGUCGACACAUCACUUGGACGAGGCUGAAGUGCUGAGUGACCGCAUUGCCUUCCUGGAGCAGGGUGGACUUCGAUGUUGUGGGUCACCUUUCUACCUCAAGGAAGCCUUUGGGGAUGGAUAUCACCUCACACUCACCAAGAAGAAGAGUCAAAAUCUAAACUCGAAGGUAAUAUGUGACACAGUGGCUGUGACGACGAUGAUCCAGUCACACCUCCCGGAAGCCUAUCUCAAGGAGGAUAUUGGAGGCGAGCUCGUUUACGUGCUUCCCCCAUUUAGCACCAAAGUCUCGGGAGCCUACCUGUCACUGCUGCGCGCGCUGGACAGUGGAAUGAGUGGCCUCAACAUCGGGUGCUAUGGCAUCUCAGACACCACUGUGGAGGAGGUAUUCCUCAACCUGACCAAAGAGACACAGAAGAAUAGCGAUAUGAGUCUUGAGCACUUAACACAGAAUAAAAUCGGAAAUCCCAGUGCCAACGGCGUCUCCACUCCUGACGAUUUAUCUGUGAGCAGCAGCAACUUCACAGACAGAGACGACAAAAUGCUGACGCGAGGAGAGAGACUGGAUGGGUUUGGGCUGUUGUUCAAGAAGAUAAUGGCAAUCCUCAUCAAGAGGUUCCACCACACCCGCAGGAACUGGAAAGGCCUCAUUGCUCAGGUCAUCCUGCCCAUCGUCUUUGUGACUACUGCCAUGGGCCUGGGCACACUGAGAGAUGCCAGCAACAGUUACCCUGAGCUCCAGAUCUCUCCGUCUCUUUACGGCACCACUGAGCAGACAGCCUUUUAUGCGAAUUUUAAUGCAAGCACAAAGCCACUGGUGUCAGCAAUGUGGGCCUUUCCUGGUAUUGACAAUAUAUGCUUGAACAACAGUGAUUUAAGAUGUUUAAAGCAAGGCACCAUUCUAAAAUGGAACACCAGUAAAGAACCUAGUACUGACUUUAAUGUCUGUACCUGCUCCCACAAUGUCCAGAAAUGUCCUGAAACCAGCUAUUACCCACCUCAUAGAAGAACAUUUUCUUCCCAAAUGAUUUAUGACCUCAGUGGACAUCCUGUAGAAAAUUAUCUUAUAUCGACUGCCAAUGAGUUUACCCAAAAAAGAUAUGGAGGUUGGAGUUUUGGGCUGCCUUUGACUAAUGAUCUUCGUUUUGAUAUAACAGAAGUCCCUGCCAAUAGAACACUUGCAAAGGUAUGGUAUGAUCCAGAAGGCUAUCACUCCCUUCCAGCUUAUCUCAACAGUUUUAACAAUUUCCUCCUGAGAGUGAACAUGUCAAGAUAUGAUGCUGCUAGACAUGGCAUCAUCAUGUACAGUCACCCUUACCCAGGAGUUCAAGACCAAGAACAAGCCACAAUCAGCAGUUUAAUCGAUAUUUUAGUGGCACUCUCUAUCCUGAUGGGCUACUCUGUCACCACCGCAAGCUUUGUCACCUACGUCGUGAGGGAACACCAGACCAAAUCCAAGCAGCUGCAGCACAUUUCAGGCAUCGGUGUGACGUGCUACUGGGUGACCAACUUCAUCUAUGACAUGGUCUUCUACUUGGUGCCUGUAGCAUUUUCAAUUGGUGUCAUUGCGAUUUUCCAGUUACCUGCCUUCUAUAGUGAAAACAAUCUAGGUGCUGUCUCUCUCCUGCUUCUGUUGUUUGGGUAUGCAACAUUUUCUUGGAUGUACCUGCUGGCAGGGCUCUUCCACGAGACUGGAAUUGCCUUCAUUACUUACGUCUGUGUCAACUUGUUUUUUGGCAUCAAUACUAUCGUGUCCCUCUCGGUAGUAUACUUUCUUUCCAAGGAAAAGCCAAACGAUCCGACUUUAGAACUUAUCUCUGAAACGCUCAAGCGCAUUUUCCUGAUUUUCCCACAAUUCUGCUUUGGCUACGGUUUGAUUGAACUUUCUCAACAACAGUCAGUACUAGACUUCUUAAAAGCAUAUGGCGUGGAAUAUCCAAGUGAAACCUUCGAGAUGGACAAAUUAGGUGCAAUGUUUGUGGCUCUGGCUUCUCAGGGCACCGUGUUCUUUCUCUUAAGACUCUUAAUCAACGAAUGGCUAAUAAAGAAAUUCAGACUCUUCUUCAGAAAAUUUAACUCCUCACCUAUAAUUGAGACAAUAGAAGAAGAUGAAGAUGUUCGGGCUGAGAGACUGAGAGUUGAGAAUGGUGCUGCUGAAUUUGACUUGGUCCAACUCCAUCGCCUCACAAAGACCUACCAGCUUAUCCACAAAAAGAUCAUAGCUGUCAACAACAUCAGCCUUGGAAUACCUGCUGGAGAGUGCUUUGGCCUUCUUGGGGUGAACGGAGCAGGAAAGACCACAAUCUUCAAGAUGCUGACUGGAGAUAUAAUUCCUUCAAGUGGAAACAUUCUGAUCAGAAAUAAGACGGGAUCUCUGGGUCAUGUUGACUCUCACAGCUCAUUAGUUGGCUACUGCCCUCAAGAAGAUGCCUUAGAUGACCUGGUAACUGUGGAAGAACAUUUGUAUUUCUACGCCAGGAUACAUGGAAUUCCAGAAAAAGACAUUAAGGAGACUGUUCAUAAACUCCUUAGGAGACUCCACCUGAUGCCCUACAAGGACAGACCGACUGCUCUGUGCAGUUACGGCACAAAAAGAAAAGUAUCCACGGCACUGGCCUUGAUAGGCAAGCCUUCCAUUCUGUUGCUGGAUGAACCCAGCUCUGGGAUGGAUCCCAAGUCCAAACGGCACCUCUGGAGGAUCAUUUCAGAAGAAGUACAGAACAAAUGUUCCGUAAUCCUUACCUCUCACAGUAUGGAAGAAUGUGAAGCUCUCUGUACCAGGCUGGCCAUCAUGGUGAAUGGAAGGUUCCAGUGCAUCGGAUCCUUGCAGCACAUCAAAAGCAGAUUUGGCCGAGGGUUUACUGUCAAGGUUCACUUGAAGAAUACCAGCGUGAGUAGGGAGGCCCUCACCAGGUUCAUGCAGCUGCACUUCCCCAAAACAUACUUAAAGGAUCAGCACCUCAGCAUGUUAGAGUAUCAUGUACCCGUCACAGCAGGAGGCGUAGCAAACAUCUUUGAUCUUCUAGAAACCAACAAGACUGCCUUAAAUAUCACAAACUUCUUAGUGAGUCAGACAACUCUGGAAGAGGUUUUCAUCAAUUUUGCCAAAGAUCAAAAGUCCUAUGAAACAGCAGACACAAGCAGCCAAGGAUCCACCAUCAGUGUCGACUCCCAGGAUGAUCGGUUAUAG